GUUACAAACGUCACUUUUAUUAUUGUGUCAAUUACAUUUCAAUUCAUAAUAUUACUCACCUAUAGUAUUUUAAGGAUUAAAUAAUUUAAUAUCAAAAUGUCUAUUGAAAUACUACAGGCUGAUUGCAAGAGAGCUGUAGCAAAUAUAUCGUCUUUAAGCAACGAUGAACUAGAUGCCAUUAUAAACGAUGAUGAAAAAAUUCAAGAAAUUAUUACAAACUUAGAUCAGUCAUACUUGAAAGAAAUAGAGCAAGAAAAAGAAAAUAUAUUAGCUAGUAAUAAUUCUAUGGCUGAGUUUAAUCUUUCAAAAGAGCCAGAGUUGGUUGAAGGGAGAGAAAAAAUAAAAGAAUUAUCAGAGUUAGGGGAACAGUUGACAAGAACGAUUGAAGAAAAAAUGAAGGAAUUAAGAGACAAGGGAGGUGACAUGUCUUUAGAAACCGCUUUGGCAUUACUACAAACAUCGGCUAGUGAAAUGGAAGAAGAAUCUGAUAAAGUAGCAAAGAGAUAUUUGGAUGGGGAAGGGGAAUUGGAUGAUUUUCUAGAUGACUUUUUAGAAAAAAGAAAAAUCAUGCAUUUGCGUUUAGUAAAAGCAGAAAAAUUAUCCAAAAUCCUACAAUCGCCAUCAAUGAAUAACGUAUCCAAUUAUAUAAACGCACCGCCUGUUAAUAUCAACUCUAAUUUCUUUCCGGGGGUUAGUAUACCCGGAUCUAUGCCACCACCGUAUCCCAUCGGGCAAAUAAAUAAUUACAUGCCCAUGCCGCAUCCUCUUGGCAAUAAUUAUUUCCAGAAUCACUAUUAACUUUCAAAUAUAUAUAAAAAAAUGCAUUAGAUGUUCGAAAUUUUAAAAUAAAAGUCCUAAUUUACUGUGAAUACCUAUACUAUACAGGAUGUUCUAAAAAAAAGUGAGUCAUAAUUAUUAUAACACAGCUAAAUUACCUUGAAGAGAUUCAUUUAUUUGUUUAAAAUAAUUUAGUUUAUUAAGAAAGUUAGUUUAUACUUAUACCUGUUGAUACAGGGUGUCCCAUAAUUUUGAACUAAUUAAAAAUUUAUCAUUAUUUUGAUUAUGUUUCUUAUUUUCUGUAAUUAAUCCUUUUGUAAGUUGUUUUUUAUAUCAUUAUUUUUUUAUUUUCUUAUUGUUUCUCAUUAUUUGGCAUGAAUAAGUAGUUUCAUCGAAUAUUUCGUCCAUAUAUGUUUCAGACGAACUCAUUCUGCUCCAUAAUUGAACCCUUUGUAACUAUAAAGAAAGUUAAUUGUAAAUCACACGAAAUAUUUGAAAAUUGAACUUACCAGACUGGUUACACCAGCACGAGUUACUCCAUACAUAAGGAGUUACUUGAAAAAAACUCAAAAGUGACUGAAGUCACUAACUGAUUAGUGAUAUGUCUCUGCAAACACAGCAGACUCAGUGUUGUGAUCUAACCUAACCUAACAACCAAAAAUAAGAAAA